AUGUCUACCAGUGAGAGUGUUGCUUUCGACCGUGCUGCUGUUGAUCCAAGAUGGGACAAACUCUUCCGGGAGAUCGAAAUGAAGUUUCAAAAAUCCAACAUACUGCAACACAAAUGGUAUCUUACGACACUCGGCGCCAUUAUCCCAAGCUCACAGCCCGAAAUGACCAGUCAGUUAUACUUGUACUUACUCAGCCAGCCAAUGUAUUCGACACAACAAGAACGGAGAGCCCUUACACUUCGCUUCCACGAAGGGAUCUUCAAGACACUGGCCUUACUGGGCGUACCUAAGCCGGCCGAGGCGAUCAUCUCGAUCUCCACCCUGGAGCCAGAGGACAACAUAGAUCUGCCGGUUAGUCGGGAGUCAUGGCAAUCCGGUCCAGAGAACCACACACAGGGGAUGGAAUGGCUGGAGAAAAUUUACGCUCAGAAUACACCUGGUUUAUUGAAGUUGUUCAGGAAGCACCAAGAUUUUGCGAAUGCAUUGUGUGAUAUUUCAUACGGAUUGUACUUGUCUGAUCGCCAGAUCUUGGAUGACGUGGACACGGAGCUUAUCGCCUUGUCUGCGGUUAUGGGUCAAGAUCUUCCCCGAAUGACAUACUGGCAUAUGAGGGGCUGUCGAAGAGUAGGAAUCUCCAAAGAUGAUGUUCAGAUGCUCUGCGGGUGUGUGCAUGCUGUCGCCAAUCUCUGUGGGACCGAAUUGAAUCGGGUGCGCGAGGUACAAGUGUUGGAGGAAGAGGUGUAA